AUGCAGCGUCGCAACGUGAGGCAGUUCUUCGUCCUUGGAGGUGAUGGUACGCACAAAGGUGCCAUGCAGGCAUUUACCUCCAUGACUGCCAUCAACCAUGAGUGUGCAGUGGUAGGCGUGCCAAAGACCAUCGACAAUGACAUCACCCUUGUGGAUCAGACCUUUGGAUUCGACACAGCAUGUACUGAGGCACGGAAGGCGAUCGACUCUGCCUAUGUUGAGGCCACCACCAAUGCCAACUGCAUUGGACUGGUGAAGCUCAUGGGCCGUCACUGCGGCUGGAUUGCUGCCCUGGCUUCCAUUGCCGCGCGAAAUGCAGACGUUUGUCUUAUCCCUGAGAUGAGCAUCGACUUGGACAAGUUAAUGGAAUACAUUGUCGAGGUCAUGAAGCGACAAAAGUAUGCUGUAAUUGUUGUGGCUGAAGGUUGUGGAGAUACCAUCAUUAGCAGCGGCAAGAGCACAGAUGCGGGAGGAAACAAAGUUUUGGCUGACGUCGGCCCAUUCUUGAAGGAUGCCAUCGCCAAGCACUUGAAGAAACUCAACAUGCCUUGCAGCAUCAAGUAUAUUGAUCCGACCUACAUGAUCCGGGCUGUGCCGGCCAACGCCUUCGAUAGCAUUUAUUGCUCCGUGUUGGCGCAGAUGGCAGUCCAUGCCGCAUUGGCUGGAUUCACCGGGAUUAGUGUUGGCAAAGUGGACGAGCGAUAUGUGAUGCUUCCCAUCCAUUCCAUCGUGGACAAAGGAGCCAGGAAGGUUGAUCUACAUAGCCGUGUUUUCGAGCGACUCUUAAAUACCACUGGGCAGCCUAGCUUCGCAUGAGCUGCAGCAAAGGUCGGCACCUCAUCCUUGCAGCGAACGAAUGCGCAGGUUACCAAUCCCAUCAAGUUAAUUGGGGACAUUUGCUGGUGAACCUGGUGACAUACAAUAGCCGAGCAGCGGCUGAAGGUGGUUUUGUGUGAUUUAGCUAUGCAUUUUAUAUGUUUGGUGUUGAGAUUUCAAACCAGGUUCCCUCCUGCUUUUGUCAUGUUGGAGUCCGUGGAAGCUGGGUGGCCACUCUUACAAUUAGUUUGUCCACACUUGCCCCAUUUGGUUAUAUACCCCAUUCUGAAUUUCUUUGCUUGAAACCAUUCACAUCCAUUCACAUUCCGAUGUCACUGAGAAGAACCGUGUCAUCGACU